AUGAAUCAACAGUACCAACCUCAUUUGAAUGUUACAGGAAUACAGGUGUCGACGUCGAGUAGCGGCAUCAAUAACAGCGGCGGAAACAUCAAUAGAGAAUAUGGCGAGAGCAUGACCGCCACGUCAAACAUCCCCCCGUCAAUCACCUCCUGUCUGACACCAACAAUGAAUUCCCAGCCACCACAUCAAUCCAGCACGCCGAUAUUGGUCAGCAAGAGGAAGUUGGAGGAGGACGACUUCUCACUUCACAGCAAGAGCCAACCAAUGUUGGUCUCAUCGCCACUGCUCACUCCAGUGGCUCAAUCACCUGGGCUGACGUCAGUCCAAAUCGCUUUCCAAAAUGCAUCACUCUCCAAUCCGCCCACGCCCCUCUCAAUGUCCCCAUCACUCUCUCCUCUCACGGCACCAAUGUCCCCUUCAAAGAAGAGCAAGAAUUCAAGGGUUAGCAAAUCCAAAUGGACACAAGAUGCUGAUGAAAUAAACAAAUGGCAAAAGACAAAGAAUCCUGGUAUUGUUAAAGGACCUUGGAAGGAAGAGGAGGAUGCCAAGUUGGUAGAGUUGGUCAAUAAGAAUGGUCCAAAGGAGUGGUCGAGCAUCGCUGCCAAGAUACCGGGAAGGAUUGGAAAGCAAUGUCGUGAGAGGUGGUUCAAUCAUCUGAGCCCAGAGGUGCGAAAGACCAAUUGGACGCCCGAGGAGGACAGGAUCAUCAUCGAGUCUCACUUGGCACUGGGUAACAAGUGGACGGCUAUAUCCAAACUUCUGGAUGGCAGGCCGGCCAACGCCAUAAAGAACCCAUUGGAACUCAACUUGGACAAUAACACUGCGCAUAUGAUCAAUACCAAUGAUCUCUACCGCCAGGGCACUGUGGUGGCACCUCAGAUCAUAAGAAUCCAACAAAGCACGCCGACCUCAUCACCAAAUCUGUCGUCUCAGGGCAAGAAGCCAGACAAUAUCGGCUCUCCCAUUAUUCAGCAACCAAUUCACAAGGUGGCCUCAGAGCAGGUCAACCAACAACAACAAGUUCACGCAUACAAUCUUCAACAGCAACAGCAACAACAUCAAGAGCAUCAACACAUACAUCAACAACAUCUACAGCAACAACAACAGCAUCAACAACAACAGCAGCAACAACAACAACAACAACAUCAACAGCAUGUUAAUCAACAAGGUCAACAGUAUAUUUACCAAGCGCCACCAUCUCAUGAGGUGCCAUAUUUCAACUACUACUGGGGCCAACAACAACAACAACAACAACAACAUCCUCAUCAACAACUAGCGCAUCAACAACAACAGCAACAACAUCCACAUAUACAACAACAACAAUUGAAUGGACACAUUGAGACUGGAGACCACCUGCUUGCCUCCUUCCCUCAGAAUCCAUUCAUGUCCGACUUCAACUUUGAUCACACAGACGAUUACAUAUUCUUUGACCAACACACAGAUACAUCACAGAAGCAUAACAACAACAACAACAACAAUAACAUUAACAUCACUGAUCCAAACAAUAAUAACAACAGCAACAACAGCAACCAACAACAUAACAGCCAGAAUCCAUAUGAUAUCACCAGUCUAUUUAACGUUGAGAUCUAA